GCCUAGCUGCUUUCUAGUGUACAAAUUCAUGACCAUGUCUUCCUAUUUGACAAAGUGUAUGCUUUAAAAAAAUCCACCCUGAUGCUUUCUUUAGUGGCCAAGGAAGUUAGCAAUAGUGGACUUUGAGAGAGGUCUGGAUUUGAAUUCUAGUCCUUAUGUUGGCUCUGUGUGUGACAUUGAGUAACUUUGUAUUUAUAAAAUGGAAACAAUAGUCAGUAAGAAACUACCUGGAGGGGUGAUGGUGGUGGAUAGCUGUACAGAAAGUGGUGACUUAUAAAUCAAGUUAAAAUGUCUCCAGAAAUUGCCUUGAAUCGAAUUUCUCCAAUGCUGUCCCCAUUCAUAUCUAGCGUGGUCCGAAAUGGAAAGGUCGGACUGGAUGCUACAAACUGUUUGAGAAUAACGGACUUGAAGUCUGGCUGUACAUCAUUGACUCCUGGACCCAACUGUGACCGCUUCAAACUGCACAUACCAUAUGCUGGAGAGACAUUAAAAUGGGACAUCAUUUUCAAUGCUCAGUACCCAGAGCUGCCCCCUGAUUUCAUCUUUGGAGAGGAUGCUGAGUUCCUGCCAGACCCCUCUGCUCUACAUAACCUUGCCUCCUGGAACCCUUCAAACCCUGAGUGCCUCCUGCUUGUGGUGAAGGAGCUGGUGCAGCAGUACCACCAGUUCCAAUGCAGCCGCCUCCGCGAGAGCUCUCGCCUCAUGUUCGAAUACCAGACGCUCCUGGAAGAACCUCAGUAUGGAGAGAACAUGGAAAUUUAUGCUGGGAAGAAAAACAACUGGACUGGUGAAUUUUCAGCUCGAUUCCUACUGAAGUUACCUGUAGAUUUCAGCAACAUUCCUACAUAUCUUCUCAAGGAUGUAAAUGAAGACCCUGGAGAAGAUGUGGCCCUCCUUUCUGUCAGUUUUGAAGAUACUGAAGCCACCCAAGUGUACCCCAAGUUGUACUUGUCACCCCGAAUUGAGCAUGCCCUCGGAGGCUCUUCAGCUCUUCAUAUCCCUGCUUUUCCAGGAGGAGGCUGUCUCAUUGAUUAUGUGCCUCAAGUUUGCCACCUGCUCACCAACAAGGUACAGUAUGUGAUUCAAGGAUAUCACAAAAGAAGGGAGUAUAUUGCUGCUUUUCUCAGUCACUUUGGCACAGGUGUCGUGGAAUAUGAUGCAGAAGGCUUUACAAAACUUACUCUGCUGCUCAUGUGGAAAGAUUUUUGUUUCCUUGUACACAUUGACCUGCCCCUGUUUUUCCCUCGGGAUCAGCCAACUCUUACCUUUCAGUCCGUCUACCAUUUUACCAACAGUGGACAACUUUACUCCCAAGCACAAAAAAAUUACCCAUACAGCCCCAGAUGGGAUGGAAAUGAAAUGGCCAAGAGAGCGAAGGCUUAUUUCAAAACCUUUGUCCCUCAGUUCCAGGAGGCCGCAUUUGCCAAUGGAAAGCUCUAGGAAACAGCAGUGUUGAGAGGCAGCCAACCAGACUGCUCAGUCCACAUGUGUGUCAGCACACAGGCUGCUUCCCGGAAGCCACUUGGAAUGUCUUCAUGGCAGCCUUUUGCUCACACAGCAGCUCUGCCUGCCCCACACAGCCCUGCCCUCCUGGAGCCCAAACUUGAGCUGACUGGUAGUACCCUGAAUCCUAGCCACCCAUCACUGCUGGUUGCUCCCUCUAUCUUCUUUAUAUUUCUUGGCUGGAAGAAAUAAACUCCUUUAUCAUGCAGAAAAUUUCCAGGGAAAAUAAAAUGUCAUGAAUGCACACA